GCGGCUGCGGCGCGAGGCACGGCGGGAAGAGAGGCGGGAGGCCGCGCGGGGCAUCCCGGGAGCAAGGGCCGGGUCGGGCCGCGGCGCGGGGCAUUGUGGGAGGUGGACGCCGCUCCGGGGCGGGCGCCCCAGGAUGGAGCCGCCGGAGCCCCCGGCCUGCACGGUGGCGGGGCAGGAGGAGCAGGAGCUUCGGGAGCGGGCCUUCUUCUCGUGGGCCGAGUUCAGCCGCUUCUUCGACGCCUGGUGCCAGCAGCGCCUGGCGCUCUUCUUCGUCAAGAGCUCCAUGCACCUGGCUCGCUGCCGCUGGGCCAGCGCGCCACCGCUCUACACGCUCAUCGACGUGCUCAAGUACAGCUACGUGCGGCUCGUGUGCAAGGACGUGCGCGCGCCCAGCCGGCCAGCAGUAGGGCCCUCCCAGGCCGGCUGCCCGGCUUUCAUCAUUGUCAAGCUGAGCCCGCUUCGGGACCGCCUGGUGGUGACCGAGUGCCAGCUGACUCACUCGCACCCCGCCUGCCCGCUGGAGUUUGCCUACUACUUCCGGCCGGGCCACUUGCUGGCCAACGCCUGCCUGCCUGUGCGCACCACCAACCGGAUCUCCAAACAAUUUGUGGCCCCAGCCGAUGUGCGCCGUCUGCUGUCCUCCUGCAAGGGCCGCGAUCACGGCGUCCUCGAUGCGCUGCACGUGCUCGAAGGGCUCUUCCGCACCGACCCAGAGGCCAAGGUGAAGCUGGUGUUCGUGGAGGACCAGGCGGUUGUGGAGACGGUGUUCUUCCUGACGUCACGCACCCGGGCACUGCUGCGGCGCUUCCCACGCAUGCUGCUGGUGGACCGGAUGCCAGGGCUGCAAGGUGCGCUGGACCUGCUGGCCGUGCUGUGUGUGGACAGUGCAGGCCGUGCGCGCCAGGCAGCCUGCUGCGUGGCACGCCCGGGCACGCCUAGCCUGCUGCGCUUCGCACUGGCCUCCCUGCUGCAGAGCGCGCCCGAUGUCAAGGGCCGCGUGCGCUGCCUGACGGCAGGGCCCGAGGUGGCCGCGCAGCUGCCCGCCGUGCGCCAGCUGCUGCCCGGCGCGCGUGUACAGAUCUGCCGCGCGCAGGGUCUGGAGACGCUGUUCAGCAAGGCGCAGGAACUGGGCGGCGCGGGCCGCGAGGACCCUGGGCUGUGGCCGCGCCUGUGUCGUCUGGCCGGCGCGGCAUCACCAGCCGCCUACGCCGAGGCCCUGAGCGAGCUGCGCGCUCACGGCCCCGCCGCCUUUGUCGACUACUUCGAGCGUAACUGGGCACCGCGCCGGGACAUGUGGGUUCGUUUCCGUGCCUUCGAGGCGGCCCGAGAUCUGGAUGCGUGCGCCCUCGUGCGCAGUCACCGCAGGCGCCUGCUGCGCCGCCUGAGUCCAUCGCGGGGUGUGGCGCAGUGCCUCCGCGACCUGGUGGCCAUGCAGUGGACCGAUGCGGAUGGUGAGGUGGUGCCCGACAGCCCCGAGGGGACGGCUCCUUGGUCGGAGGGUGGGCCCGGGAGAGGCGCCCAGCUGGACCAGGAUAGCGCCAAGAGCUUGGAAGCAGUGGCCUGGGGUGAGGUCCCCAAAGAAGGAAGUCUUUGGCGAGGGCCCCCAUUGGAGAAGGAGUGGGCCAGAGGCCUGGAAAGCCGAGAGCGGACAGGAGCUCGGCUAGAAAGUGACCACGAGAGGGGCUGGCCCCUCCGAGAUUGCAGAGCGGGUGCAGUAGAAUCCCCGAAGGCACGGGCGCUGCAAGGGCGCCCCUGGAUUGCCGGCCAGCAGGAGAUCUUAACCUCAUCAGCUCCCGAGAUCAGAGACUGGAGGGGGCCCCCGUGGGAGGGAGAGAACGAGUGGAGCGGGGACUGGGCGGUGUGGAGGGGCGGACCCCAGCUGGAGGCGCAGGCACUGAGGGUGGCCGAGAGGUUUGCGGUGAGGAACGCGCCCUCGGAGGAACUCAGGACGCGGGGCUUGGAGGCCACAGAGCGGAAAGGAGCUGUAGCCGACGGCCAGAGGCCCGGGGGUGUUGGGGGGAUCUCCUGGACCGGCCUCCCAGCGACGCUCGAGGAAAGGGCCAGCGGACCGAGUGCCCGAGACUGGCCGGCGCUGCAGCUAGAGGCUGGGCAGGGUGGAGGCCUGGAGACCGGACUCUGGCUAGGGCGCCCCCUGGCCCCGAGCCCGGAACUGGUGCCGGAGAACGGAGAUCUGCGGGCCCCCCGCUGGAGAGAGGAGAGACAGGUAGGGGCAGAGACUGGAGAAGAGAGAGGAGUGAAGUUGGGGUUCCCCAGGAGAGACCCGGAGGAGGUGGUGCUGGUACAGCUGGGGGACGCGCGGGGGACCAGCCUGGAGAAUGGGGACACCCGGGGAGCCCAACCUGGAGACCCCGGGAGCAGAGGAGGGCCCGAGGCAGAUCCCGGAGUGGGGUGCAGUGCCCUGGUGGGGAGCGUGUUUGAAGGAGAGCAGGAGUGGGCAGUCACUGGCGGGAUCCACGUAGCCACAGGGCUGCACCCACAGGACACAGGUGAGAGGGAGAACCCCCAGGGAUACCAGCACCUGCCAGGGCCCCCAGAGGAGCAGGGUCCUGACUGGGAGCCGCUGGCCAAGUUCAGGGCAGCCUGCGGACAAGAGCUGGCAGAGCUGGUGGCCGAGGAGUUGGCCUUCGCUCGGCGCCAUGGCACGAGGGGCUUCCGCUGGACCGGAGCCGGCUUUGCCCUGCAGGACGGCACCUCAGACUUCGUCCUGGACCGCGCGCUGACUCGCUGCAGCUGCUCCAUCCACGCGGCCCGCCGCCUCCCCUGCCGACAUGUCUUCGCUGCGCGCCUACUGACAGGUGCUGCCUUGUUCCACAUGGACCUGCUCAGGGACUGCUGGGGGCAAGUCCCAGAGCCCUGAACCCCCGGGACCUGCCAACCUGCCACCCUCCUCCAGGAGGGGAGUCUCUGAUCCCAAAGAUAACAGGACUGGGGCCCCGGCAGCACCCUCCACCCAGACCCCCCAGCCCUUCAGCUUAGCUGCUCGCCUUUGGGGGGGGCACCUCGGUGGGGGGAGCCGCUCACACAUGUCAUGAGCGGUGGAGACAGGGUUGGGCAGAAGCCACAGCUGCUGAGAGUACACGGGCUGGAUGUGGCCACGCCGGGAAGGUUUGGGAGCAAGAAA